CUAAUCUCUAUUUCCAUCUUCAUUCAUCUCUGUCUCACCUCUUUUUCUUCUCUUCAAACCAGAGGUUUCAAAAUUUCACAAAGAAAAUUAGGGUUUCACAUUUGCUUUUUUGUUUAUGUACUUAUAUACAUAUAUAUAUUUAUAUAAAUAUAUUUAUUUUAUCUAUUUGUAGAUUGGAGUUUUUUUUUCCAAGUCGCUGCAUUUUUUUUCGUUAAUCAGGUAUUCACAAUCGAUUGCAAAGUUUAUAGAGAUGAAUGUAAUAGCUCUUUAUUUCACUCUCGAAGUCUAUGAGAAUUGUAGAUUUUGAGGGUAUUUAUGGGUCAAAGUGAAGGAUUUUAGUAUUUAUUUUUGUCAAUUUCAUCUUGAAAAUGGCGUCGUCUUCGGGAUUGUCGUAUUGGUGUUUCAGAUGCAACAGGUUGGUUCGGGUUCGGAGCCGUGAAAGGAUUUCUUGUCCCCAUUGCGGUAGUGGUUUCGUGGAGGAAGUCGGUUCCCGCCAUCGAUCUAAUCGUCGUCGUCCCCCUCGAUCUUCGGCUGCUUCCGAAACCCAUUCAGAAUCUUCGAUUUCGGGUCGUAGUUCUGUUGAGAGGGCUAGGAGAAAUGCUGUUUAUAAUCCGAUUAUUCUACUCCGUGAUGAUGGUGGAGGAGAAGAUGGUGGCGGUGAAAGGGUUAACUACGAGCUGUAUUAUGAGGAAGGUGACGGUUCGGGUCUUCGUCCAUUGCCGGAGAGCACGUGGGAGUUUCUGAUGGGAUCUGGAUUCGACCGCCUUCUUGACCAUUUGGCUCAGCUGGAAGCUAAUGGUAUUGGGCUGUUUGAUCAAGCUUCAGCAUCGAAGGCUGCUAUUGAGUCACUGCCCACAAUCAGGAUUGGUAAAAAACAAAUUGUGACCGAAUCGCAUUGUGCAGUUUGCAAAGAACCGUUUGAGCUUGACUCAGAAGCUCGUGAAAUGCCCUGCAAACACCUUUAUCAUUCGGAUUGCAUUUUGCCUUGGCUUUCCUUGAGGAAUUCUUGCCCGGUUUGUCGACAUGAAUUGCCUGCAGAUGUUCAGGAUAAUGGCGGAGACUUGUCAGAAACAGAGCAGGGUUCAAAUGGACUGAUGAUAUGGAGAUUACCAGGUGGUGGGUUCGCAAUUGGCAGGUUUUCGGGCAGGGGAGAUGAGGAACGUGAGCUCCCUGUUGUUUACACGGAAAUGGAUGGUGGGUUCAAUCGUGGUGGCUCUUCCAAUGAUGGUGGUGCUCCCAGGAGUGUUGCAUGGGAAAGAAGCAGAGGAAGAGAGAGGAGCCGAGUGAGUCGUGCCUUUCGCAAUUUCUUCUCAAUGUUCAGAAGGUUAAGAUUUUCAUCCUCUCGUUUUAGUUUGGAAAUUGGAUUUAGGCGAAGCCGCUCCCAUUCUAGUCUUAAUAGGUUCUCAAGAAGGCGCAAUCGUCAUUAAGGUAUGGAAAGUAACAGAGCUACAAGAUGGUGAUUCUUGUAUAUAGUUGAUUUAAUGAUAGUGCCAAUCAUCUUGAUGAGGAAGGGAACCUAUAUUGUUUGUUUAAUGUAUAUAACAAUCCAUUGGAAAGAAAUAUUUGAAAACUUCUCCAAUUGUAAAUUCUGUUCCUAGAUAAGUACUUGGUAUUUGUCAUGGGGAAGGAGGAGUAAGAUCAUACAUGAAGAGGGUGGCCUUUGCAUAUUAUGGAGGUACCGACCAUCACUUGCACCACUGUGUCUGCAUCGAUGCUUGAGUUUAAAGGUUACAUCAAUGAACUUGUUGGAAUAAUAAAUUCUUGCCUUUUCUCUUUUGUGCAACUCGUUUAUUGCAGCUGAAUAUAGCAAUAUUUUCGAUUGUUCAUUCCGUUUGA